UCUCGCGUGAUUUUCUCUCCACCCCCACCAUCCAGCCCCUCCCCUCGGCUCUUUCCGUCUGUAUCUCCCUUCUUUCUCUCUCUGGAACACAUGAGAUUCUCCUCCCGAAACCUGAACCGCAGCAGCAGAGGCAUCGACCCCCCUCCCCACAACAUGGCUACAAUUGUAACCUCGACCAGGUUUACGGACGAGUAUCAGCUUUACGAAGAGCUCGGGAAGGGUGCCUUCUCCGUGGUGCGGAGAUGUGUGAAAAAAUCCACUGGCCAGGAAUAUGCUGCUAAAAUUAUUAACACAAAGAAACUCUCAGCGAGAGAUCAUCAGAAACUGGAACGUGAAGCCCGAAUCUGUCGUCUACUCAAACACCCCAAUAUUGUUCGGCUCCAUGAGAGUAUCUCAGAAGAAGGUUUCCAUUACCUGGUCUUUGACCUUGUGACUGGGGGGGAGUUGUUUGAGGACAUCGUCGCCAGAGAGUAUUACAGUGAAGCUGACGCAAGCCAGUGCAUCAAUCAGAUCCUGGAGAGUGUCAAUCAUAUUCACCAGCAUGACAUCGUGCACAGAGACCUUAAGCCCGAGAACUUGCUGUUGGCCAGUAAGAUGAAAGGGGCGGCAGUAAAACUGGCUGAUUUUGGGCUGGCCAUCGAGGUGCAGGGAGAUCAGCAGGCCUGGUUUGGUUUUGCUGGAACACCUGGCUACCUGUCUCCAGAGGUAUUGAGGAAGGAUCCCUACGGCAAACCUGUGGACAUAUGGGCCUGUGGUGUAAUCUUGUACAUUCUAUUAGUGGGCUAUCCUCCAUUUUGGGAUGAAGAUCAACACAAGUUAUACCAGCAGAUCAAGGCUGGAGCUUAUGAUUUUCCUUCUCCAGAGUGGGACACGGUCACCCCCGAGGCCAAGAACCUCAUCAACCAAAUGCUGACCAUCAACCCAGCAAAGAGAAUCACUGCAGAACAGGCCCUCAAGCACCCAUGGGUCUGUCAACGGUCCACAGUGGCAUCCAUGAUGCAUCGCCAAGAGACAGUGGAGUGCUUGCGCAAGUUCAACGCCCGCAGAAAACUCAAGGGAGCCAUUCUCACUACUAUGCUGGUUUCUAGAAACUUCUCAGUGGGCCGGCAGCAUACCAGCCCUGCUGCUCCCACCACAAGCACUGCCGCGCUUGCACAGGAAGCAUGCAAAAGUUUACUGAACAAAAAGGCAGAUGGAGUCAAGCCCCAGACAAACAACACUAAAAACAGUGUAGUGAGCGCUGUAGUGAACGCCAUGAAAGAAAGCAACACGGCCUCUUCUACACCGAUGGAGCCACAAACUACAGUUGUGCACAACACUGUCGAUGGACCCAAGGGCUCCACAGAGAGCUGUAACACCAAUGAGGAAGAGGAUAUGAAAGGUAGGAAAGCCGAGAGUGCGCAGGGAGCGAGCAGUGACAGUGCCGUGAUGAGUCAGUGCAGUGCCGGGGAAGAGCUGCCCGCUCUGGUGGCUUCACCACAGGGCUCUCCUGCCACCGUCCCUGUGCAUGACGUUAAACGCUUGGCAUGGAACAGUUCAGAACAUGCCUCGUGUCCAGAGUUAGAGCGCACUCAUUCUGGCCCCUGUGCCUCAGCCCAUGGGGUCGGCGGUAUCACGGCGAGUGGGUCCGCAGCUCAGUCUCGUAAGCAGGAGAUUAUAAAGAUCACGGAGCAGUUAAUCGAGGCUGUCAACAAUGGAGACUUUGAAGCAUACACAAGAAUCUGUGACCCUGGUCUGACCUCUUUUGAGCCUGAAGCUCUGGGGAACCUGGUCGAGGGCAUGGACUUCCACAAGUUCUACUUUGAGCACUUGCUGAGUAAGAACAACAAGCCUGUGCACACCACUAUCCUCAAUCCUCAUGUUCAUCUCAUCGGGGAGGACGCUGCCUGCAUCGCAUAUAUCCGGCUGACGCAGUACAUCGACAGCCAGGGCCGCCCACGUAGCUGCCAAUCGGAGGAGACACGUGUGUGGCAUCGCCGUGACGCCAAGUGGCUUAACGUCCACUUCCACUGCUCAGGGGCACCAGCCGCCCCCUUACAGUGAACCACACAGGACAGCUUACCUGGAUUCUCAAGAUAAUGGGAGUGUUUCUUCUUUGUGGCUGGACGGGCACGUGAAGGCCAGCUGGAUGACAGCUCUUAAAGUUACAGACACACCAGUGAGGAACUCUGACAACAUCCAGUUCAACUGUCAACACCACUUAUCCUGUCCAAUCUUUGACCAAUGGGAGCUGGCCGCGGCUGUGGCCCCGCCCAAGGGACGGUGCAUGUAUCUGACACCCACAUGGGGGUGCUGUUUUGUCCUUUUCCCACGGAACCAUCUUUUUUUGCCCGUUAAAGAUGUUCAGAAGGUGUUGUAAGUACUGAUCUAUGAAAUCAUAAAUAUACUGUUUAUUGUAAAAAAUCACUAGCUGAACUAGAAGCUACAAUCAAGUUUGAAAAUCAUUUAUGUAAGUAAUCCAAGGUGGGAGUUGGGAGGGUGGGGGUGCUUAACUUAAAAACAAACAAACAAAAAAAUAAAUCUCAAAAUGGACUAGUGCCCAAAAACAUGCUAAAGUUUACAAGUUUUGUCAUCACAGUCCUUCUUGUAUACUUUGCAGCUUUUUGGACACAAAAUCAAUUUAGGGAAGGGGUCGACUAAUCCGAGAGCAAGGCAGUGAAAAUGUUCAGAAGUUCUUCAUAUCGAAAAAAAGAACCAAAGUGUAGUUUUUAGUCUUUUUAAGGAGUGUUUCUGUUUGGUGUUGGCUUUUUAUGUAACCCGGGGUCUAAGAGAAGGUUUGUACGGCCCAGGUUUUAGUAAUCUCUUGUGUUAAUGUGGAACUCUUCAUUUACUUUUUUUUUUCUUUUUCUUCCUUGGACUGACAUAACACAAGUAUUUUGUGUUCAUUUAGAAUUUUUAAGACGCUUUUAUUUUUUAAGUUAAUCUAAAUAAACAUAAGAUAUACAGAAAUAUUUAAAGGAGAUAUAAAUGCUCGCCAUCCAGGUUUAGGGGAAGAUGUCGUUCCUGACAGUGCUCGAUACGUUUGUGUGGGUGCGUGUGUGUGAUAUGAACUUGUAGAAAUUGUAUCCCCCAUUUAGAUUUAGUAGAACAAAAGCCCAAGUGAACAGCACGCAACAGAACACCGACCAGUAGAUUUGAUCUUAUUGUUUUGUUAGCGUCAUAGACAAACCUCUGCAGGACGUACUGUGAUAGUCAGACAAACUUCUCUCCAGUUUCCGAACUCGGUGACUGAAUCUUCAGAUCUGAGCUCAAAGGAGGACUAGUCAUUUUUACAAACUACAUCAUGGUGAAAAUAGCGUCAGUAGUCGAGUAUGUUGUGAUUAAGUCUCGCCGUCUUUUCUUACACUCAUUGUAAAAGUACUCAGUUGUUUUAGUAAGGUUAGACUCACCCUGUCCUCAGUGUUGUCGUGGUUCAUGUCGGUGACGGGGGUGAACAUGCUCUGUAAAUACAUGUCGUUUAGUUCAUCUGAUCACAAGGAGCGUGUGGGAAAAUCCAAACACGUCCAGUUGCCAUAGUUAAGUUAAAAUCACAGUUUUAAUGUUCGUACGAUUUCAGUUCACAGUGGUUUGUUAGAUUUCACCACAAACUAUAUUACGCAGGUUUUAUGGCACUGACUAUUUAAACUCAGUUUUCAGUGAGGGUUUGAUUGUCACAACUCUAUUAAGUUCAUCUGUAGUUGCACGAAUGCUUUUCGUCACUGCUAUGGUUUUGUCUUUAGAUAGAUUUUAGUAUAGUUUUGUUUGAGGCUAUAUAUUACGUGAGGAAGUAAACAAACUACGAGUUCACCCCGUCUCCUUGGAACACAUCAGUUUUUUGUAUGGGUCUGUAAAUACAUGUAGUGCUUGCACACCCUCAUCGUGUGCUGGGCUUCGUGACAUAUCAGGACUAUACAUCCGCACGUGUGUAAGUGUGUGUGCGUGUUUAUCACCUUUACAAUGGUAGUGAUGCUGUUAGAUUAUAUGUGAUGAUGCUGGUUUCAUGUCUCGUGCUUAUUUCUUGCAUUUUUUUGUUUUGUUUUUUAAUCGCUGAUUUCUUUUUCCUUUGUUUGUGCUAUGGGGAACUGCUGCCUUGCCUGGCCAAACUAGAUUACACUUUUUAUUAUUAUUUUUAUUUUUACUUAAAUGCAUCCUUUUUCUGUAUAUGAUUGACAUCUUCAGCUCCAUGAAAAUGAAAAAGUUUGAGAUGGCUAUGAGGAGUCGUUAACUAGUAGAUUUAGUGAAAUAAAUAUCCCACCCCUGAAAGCUUGGUCUGAAUCCUGGGCCAGACGGCGAAUGUAUGAGUCUUCUGGCCCACCCGUCCAAUGACAGGAGAAAUCAAACACGCAGUUUAAAUAAACUGGUGAAAAUGCAUGUAUACUUUUCUUGGUAAAUAUUUUUUUUUCCACUGUCUGUUUACUUAAUAAAAAAUGGGGAAAAAAAUCUCAUAGUAUUUGCAUCUCGACAUGAAAUUCACAUUAUUGGGAAUUAUAAGUGAUGUACCAUAUUAAAAAUUAAAAAAAAAAAAAAAAAAGUAGAAAAUAGUGAAAAUAUAGAAAACAAAAGCCUCUGCUUGGUAUGCUCCCCUCAUUCUAAGUAAAUCUAUUGCAUUGUAAUGGUAUACUAUUGGGCUUCGUAUAUACUUGGAGUUUAAACAUGGAUGCUGGAUUUUUGCAUGAUCAUACAUUUAAUAAAACCAUGAAAUGACAACUAUCAAGUGUUUGUCUGAAUGUUAGUAGGUCUUCAUCAUAGCUUUGUUAUUAUUGAAACUUGAUCUGGAAAGUAUUUAAUAAAAUGAGCAUUUCUGCA